AUGGGCGUUGAAGAGGCAUUUGCUAAGCUGUGUCUUACCGAAAAACCAUCCGAAUCUACCAAUGUUGUCAAAUCAUUAGUUUUCAAACCUAAAACUGCCAAAACUGCCACGCCAGUUCCUAUAGUUGUGAUUGCAUUGCAAUCUACCAGCACCCCAUCUCCGGUGAUUGCUAAGGAAACGGCUUUGAAGGACCCCAGACUUGCUCGUGAUGAGCUCUUUCAGUCGUUCUUCCAGUGUGAAUCCGCUAAAAAAUUCACUCUAGGAUACUUGUGCAAUGUACAAUCUGAGUUUCAUUUGCUGAUUGAUGCGCAAUUGGAAGCAUUAACAGAUGAUAUGGUUGUCGAAUUGAAUGACUCAGUUUUCAUCAAGAAAGAGGAGCUUUUCAAGUUUUUAUCACAAUUUGAAUCCUCUAAAUCCAGUGUCGAUUUUACUCAGGAGGUUGCAAAGCCUGAACCAAAGAAGAGCGGUGUUUCAAAUGCUACGUCCACUAUUUCAGCAGCUUUGGAAGACGCCAAGUUGAUCGGAAUAACAGUGGAUAAGGGUUUAGAUUUCUCUGGUUGGUAUCAGCAAAUUCUAACUAAAGGUGAAAUGUUGGACUACUAUGAUGUUUCCGGAUGUUACAUUCUAAGGCCUGCCUCCUAUGCCAUUUGGGAAAUGAUUCAAAAAUGGUUUGACGAAAAGAUCAAAAGUAUUGGAGUUCAAAAUGCCUAUUUCCCAAUGUUCGUUUCUUCCAGAGUGCUAGAGAAAGAAAAGGACCAUGUUGAAGGAUUUGCUCCAGAAGUUGCCUGGGUCACAAGAGCAGGAUCAUCCGAUUUGGAAGAACCUAUUGCUAUAAGACCCACUUCAGAAACUGUGAUGUACCCAUACUAUGCCAAAUGGAUUAGAUCCUACAGAGAUCUGCCAUUGAAAUUGAAUCAAUGGAACUCUGUUGUGAGAUGGGAAUUCAAGCAUCCUCAACCAUUUUUAAGAACAAGAGAAUUCUUAUGGCAAGAAGGUCACACAGCUCAUUUAACUGCUGAAGAUGCUGAAGCCGAAGUCAUGCAAAUUCUUGAUUUCUAUGCCGGAGUAUAUGAGGAACUUUUGGCCGUUCCAGUUGUCAAGGGUCGUAAGACUGAAAAGGAAAAAUUCGCUGGUGGUGAUUUUACAACUACUUGUGAGGGUUACAUUCCACAAACUGGUCGUGGUAUUCAAGGUGCCACUUCUCAUCAUUUGGGACAGAACUUUUCAAAAAUGUUCAACAUCACUGUGGAAAAUCCAUUGGGUCCAGAACAUCCAAAGGUUAACGUUUACCAAAAUUCAUGGGGUUUGUCUACCAGAGUCAUUGGUGUGAUGGUUAUGAUUCAUUCGGAUAACAAAGGUUUGGUGAUUCCUCCAAGAGUUUCUCAACAACAAGCAGUUGUUAUUCCUGUAGGUAUCACGAAAAAGACUACUGAUGCACAACGUAGUCAUAUUCAUGAAUCUGCGAAGGAAGUUGAAAGUCGUUUGAAGAAAGCUGGUAUUAGAAUCUUCGGUGACUAUAACGAUAAUUACACUCCUGGUUGGAAGUUCUCACAAUACGAAUUGAAAGGUAUCCCAAUACGUAUUGAAAUUGGUCCAAAGGAUAUUGAAAAGAAACAAGUCGUUAUUGUUCGUAGAAAUGAUUCCAACAAAUAUGUUGUUAAUUUGGAAGAAUUAGAAAGGCGUGUCCCAGAAAUUUUAGAAGAAUUACAGAAAGAUUUGUACUCUAAGGCAAAAGAAUCAUUCGAUAGUCACAGAGUUAUUGUGGAAGACUGGAAAGAUUUCGUUCCUUCCCUCGGUAAGAAGAAUGUCAUUUUAGCACCAUGGUGUGGUGAAACUGCAUGUGAGGAAGAUAUCAAAGACUCUUCAGCCAAGAAAGAUGAUGGUGAAGAAUACGAGCAGGACGAAAAGGCACCAAGUAUGGGAGCUAAAUCGUUAUGUAUUCCAUUCGAUCAGCCAAAAUUAAGACCUGGUCAAAAAUGUAUCAAGUGCUCCCUUCUAGCUCGUUACUACUGUAUGUUCGGUCGUUCAUACUAA